AUGGAAGGCCGCGAGCGUCUCCAGAUCGACACGGAGGUACCGUCCAACGUGUACGCGUUGGAUCUGCACAAGCUCAGCGAGUUGGCUCACAUCCCUGAAGCGGAGCUGGUGCGGGGUAUGCAAUCUGAAGACGCCGUAGACAUGCAAGGCGUCGUGGUGAAUCGCGGCCAGGAGGUACCCUUUGAGGCUGUUGGCAAGACGCCAGAGGAUGAAGACGACGCUGAUAGUACGUACCACCACGGUAGCCCAUCGCCCACAGGGGGCGCAGACACUGGCGUUAAGCAGGUGCUACUCACUGCGGCUUCCAGCACCAUGUGCCUGGAUGGAUCGGACACGCCUAAGUGCCUCAUCAUGCUCGGAGAGUACACGCUCAUCGAGCACAUCUUGGCUCAACUGUUCGUCGCGGGGAUGGAGAGGGUCGUGAUCAUUAUCUCGUACUUUGGCCACGAGAUCAUGGAGCACGUCAAGGAGAGUUUCCUGUACUCGAAGCUGCAGAUCGAGUUCUUAAACUUAGGAGAGGAGACACCUUACGGGCAUGCACGCACGCUGCUGUCCGCCAGAGAGAUGUUUACGAAGCCUUUCUUGAUCCACACGGCCGACCAUAUCUUUGACAGAGCCAUCAUCAGUCGCUUGGCCCAUUUCGAACUGGACGGGUGUGUUGCUUGUGUGCUGGUGGAUACGGAUACGGAGAAGCUCCAGGGAUUACCGUCUACCGCGGGAAAGAUUCUUCUGGAUUCGACGAGUGGGGCGAUUCGCAAGAUUGGUCGUGGACUGAAGCAGUUUGACGCUAUCGAUGCUGGUCUGUUCUUAACGACAGGGAGGCUAUUUGCUGCAUUGGAGAUGCUGGCGUAUGAGAAGCCCAAGUUCUCACUAGCAGAGGCGCUGAAUAUGUUGCGUCCGAGUUAUGGCUUGAAGUAUCUGCAGACGGACGGAGAUGCGUGGCUGAGUGUGGAGACACAGGCGCAGUUGGAUGCAAUUCUAGCGAAUGACAGUGUUGCGUCGCUGUCCCCGUGGCCAGUGUUUGUUGCCAAGGAGCCAGAAGAGAAAACGCCCUCAAGACCGACAACUCCUGGAGGCAAGAAUGUCUUUCUCGCUGUGUCUGCUGCUGACGAUGACUCGAUGUUACGCGCAGUUGAUGCGCAUGUUCGUCAGUCACAAGAUGUAUUUGAAGGGUUUGUCGUGGGCGUGAACCAGCUGCAGGAAGUGGAUGAUGUCAACGAUUCUGCGCCCACUGGAGCGGCUGUGCAGGCUCGAGAAACUACGCCACUGCUUGGUGGCUCUCCGACGCGUCAUGACCGUCAGGGACCGCAUGUUCCUUUGGCUAUCCGACGUAAGAGGAGUUCGUUCCUAGAGCAGGCCGAGGACUCAUUCGUGUUGUCUAUUCCUUUCGAGCAACCGCCGAAUGCCUCGGUUGAUAUCAACACCUUACAUGGAGAGCGUGGGAUGCAGUCAGUAAUGGAGAGAAAUGCGUACCUGAUUGAACUUCCACAGGUUACGACAACUGGAGGCGGUCCCGGAGCUGUGCAGGAGACUUCGCAGCAAUUUGUGCUUGCUGUACCUGACAGUGACACGCUGUACAAGCGUCCUGGCUUGUUGCGUCGCUUGUCUUCGCUGCCUACUGAUGUCAAGGACAUUGCUGUGGAAACGGUGGAGCUCCGCAAUGGUACAAUGGAGCUGCAGUUGCUCGUCAAACGCCAGGUGCCUAUCAUCGGCUACAUGCUGCUAUUAGCUGCGCUAUUUACGAUUUCGUCCAUGGGCGCAGCGUUGGAUCUGCAGCGGAAUGUGGACCCGUUCAUGAAGCUAUUCUGGCGCACGACGGCGUCGCUGAUUGUCUUCAUCCCGCUUGCUGGUGCUGCGCUGUAUGAUCGGGGACUGCCGCAGUUUUCGACGCGAAAUAUGAUCCUCUUCCUGACGUGUUCCCUGUCCUACGCGGUCUUCCUCAUGACGUUCCUGUGGGCGUUGGCACACACUUCCAUUGAUCACGCCUACAUAUUUAACAACUGCCAUUCGCUGCUCAUGGUGGUUGGUCGUUUGCUGCUUGGACGGUAUGUAUCGCAGUUUGAGGGCCUCGGAACUGCCAUCGGUGUGAUUGGUGGGGCUCUUACAACGCUAGAUCAUCCACAGGCGUCGUCAUCGGGAGCUGAAGUGGUGCAGGUUUCGUUGGCUGGAGAUCUUGUAGCUCUUGUCGGUGCUGUCGGAGGUGCUCUGUACCUCAUCACGGCGAAGAAAUUACGUACGGAGAUGGACAUCAGCAUCCUGUUCGUUGGCAUGUUCACGUUGCUUGCUCUGCUGAUUUUCCCCGUGUUCUCGCUCCUGGAGAUUCCGUUCGAGGCAUCUCGGGAUCCCGACAUGGGGCUAUUUGGCUGGUUAGACCCUUCACGUGCAGCAUCGGAAGCGUACAUUGUUCUCAUCUGCACUCUCAUCGGUACGCUGGGCUACAUCGCUGUGAUGAAGUACUUCGCUCCCAUCGUCGUCUCGGUUGUGAUGCUCGUGGAGCCCGUGCUGGCUGCCUUUAUGGGUGUUGCAGUGGGGGUUGAUGUCUUCCCUGGUCUACUCACUAUUGCGGGCUCCCUGCUGAUCAUCGCGGGCACAGCGAUGGUGAUCGUGUCCAACUCGUCAAAGACGCAAACGAUCGACGCCACGCCAGCCAUGUCAUCCACCUCGACUGCCUUGCCACGCGGUCUCAGCUCUGCCACUGCCGCUGGUCUCAAGCUGCCGCAGACAACCACGCCCACGACGAACCUAAGGUACGUCUAA